CGAUCCAAAGGCCUGGCUCAGGAGUGAUCCUGUGCCACCUGUACCAUCAAGAUCAAGAUCAAGAUGUAACAUCAAGAUCAAGAUCAAGGCAAAACCUCGUGGGGUGUUUGCCGCGCAUCGUUGCUCUCUGAUAACUCGAGAUUUACUCUUGUCAUCCAUCACAUUAGUAUGCACUGAAGCAGGGCUGCUUCAGGAGUGCAUCCAACAAUCAACAAGGCAGAUCUCUGCACUAACACUACAGGAAGAAAACAAAAAUGCCUAAGUCUAAGCGUGAUAAAAAGAUUUCCCUAACUCAAACAAGGAAGAAAGGACUGGACUUCAAGCAAAAUCUGGUGGAGGAGAUACGGAAAUGUAUUGAUCUUUAUGCAAGAGUGUUUGUCUUUUCCUCACAACACAUCAAGACAAAUAAACUAAAGGAAAUACGGAAUGAAUGGAGCCACAGCAGAUUCUUCCUUGGCAAAAACAAGGUAAUGGCCCUAGCAUUGGGGCGCACUCCAGAAGAGGAGAUUCAAGAAAACCUGCACAAGGUUUCCCAGCGACUAGUGGGCCAGUGUGGUUUACUCUUCACAAAUGCCUCCAAGGAUGAAGUUAUGGAGUACUUUGAAAAUAGAAGAUACCCUGUACAACCCCAUGCUGGAGAUGUAGCUUCUGAAACUGUUGAGUUGAAGAAAGGGCUCCUUCCCCAAUUUUCUCAUGCUAUUGAACCCCAUCUACGCAAGCUAGGAAUGCCUACUAGGUUGGAGCGCGGUGUCCCAGAGCUCAUGCAGGACUUUAUAGUGUGUGAAGAAGGCAGGCAACUCAUCCCUGCCCAGGCCAGCAUUCUGAAACUCCUGGGCAAGGAAAUGGCAUACUUUCAACUACAGAUGGAGUGGUGCUGGAACAGACUGGAUGGCAAAUUUGAGUGUCUGCAAGAUGUUAACGGGAAGGAGAAUGAGGAUGAGAAAGAUGAGGAGCUGAAGGAAGAGGAGGAGGAUGAUGAAGAAGAGGAAUAGGAAAUGUAUUCUUUUAAUCAUAAUAAAAAUUUAAAAUGUU